AUGUUUCUACUUGCAGAGUGGCCUUGCAAUACUGUGUUGACGAGGGACAACGGAGAGUUUGCCACCCCGAAUUGGCCCAACAACUACCCUGGUAAUACCGACUGCCACUGGUUGGUGAGGGGACCGACCCACUCUCGGAUCAUCCUGCGUUUCACAAAAAUUGAACUUGAGAAUCACGGGUUAGGUCUGUGCAACAACCGGCUGGACAGUAUCCAAGUCUACGACGGCGAGAAGCCUAACGAAUCAGAACGAAUCGCUACCUUGUGCGGCUCUCGGGCCCCAACCACUGUCGAUUCGACGUCCAAUGUUUUAUUGGUCGUGUUUAGAUCGGACGAACGGGUGGAACUGACCGGUUUUCACGCCACCUAUCGAUUCGUCUACCCGACAGUCCGAACGACAGCGGAUGCUUACAGGGACGAUCGUUCCAGUCGCCGCCCAGCCUUACCUCCUCUUCCACCGCAAGUGACCUCGUCGGACCGGAUGGCCUACACGACCACCUAUUCGCCGUCCGGUCUACCGGACACUUUACUGACAUCCCAGCAGAAUAUUAGCAAGUCCAGAAUCGUAACUACAACGACCAUACCCACCACGCCGCCAUUCUCGUCAGAAAAGUCGUUGACUGCCGCCUAUGGGGAACCUACUAAAUUUCCUUUGUAUGCAGAAAGCGAAAAAUUUGUCAGUCAGGCCAUACAAACGACGAGACAUGUCAUCGAUAUUAAUGGUCCAGUUGAGAAUGAGAGCCCAGUGGGGGAUCACAACAUCAUCAGAAUAGAACGGACAUACAGGUCAACCCUUUGGGGCUUGGCUGGGUCCCUUUUCAUUCUUUUGGUUGCUGCUGUUAUUGUACUGGUAGCUGUCUGCAGGUACUAUAGGUAA